ACAGAUAUUUCUCAACUAAUUAUCCAGUCUUAAAAUGACAGCUCCGUAAUUUCUCAAUUGAUUUUAUAUAAAUAUAAAUGAUUUUCAUAAUUUUACUAGACACCAAAAAGUCACUAGACCAUAAAAAAAAAAAAUAAUCCAUCGCCGGUACCAACAAAAAAAAAUCCAUAAUAAACCAGAAUCAGCAUUGCGUCAGAUCAGCAUCUGUAAGGAUUUUAUUAAAGUCCACGUGAUGAAUGACAGGAUACAAUUUUUGAAAAAAUAGUUCAUUCAUAAAAUAAAUAAUAAUUAUUAUUUUAAAAAAUAGUAAAAAAUGUCCGGACAAAAUGAUGAGUUGAAAAAACUACUAAGUAGUCCAGUAAAAGGUUCCGAUGACAGUUCAAUGGCACCACCACUGACUACAAAUGUACCGAGGCCAAGUACAUUGCAAAGUAACCCGCAAGCAUCGAUGACACCUUCAACUCCUGCGGGAAAUCAGAAAGAAGUAUUGGAACCAGUGCUACAGAACGUCGUAUCGACAGUUAAUUUAGGAACCGAGUUAAAUUUAAUGAAAAUAAAUGCAUGCACUCGUAAUUCCGAGUACAAUCCGUCGAGGUUCACUGGACUCAUUAUGAGAAUACGAAAUCCUCGUGCUACUGCGCUGAUAUUUACCUCUGGUAAAUUGGUUUGCACUGGAGCCCGGUGCGAGGAAGAUUCUUACCUGGCGACCCGUAAAUUUGCGAGGAUAAUUCAGAAAAUCGGGUUCCAGGUAAAGUUUAUGGACUUUAAGAUUCAAAAUAUUGUGGCGACUUGUGAUUUGAAGUUUCCAAUCAAAUUGGAAAGUCUGUGCGAGUCCCAUGGUAAUUUUACGUCAUAUGAGCCGGAGUUGUAUCCGGGUUUGAUUUAUAGGCUGAUUGCUCCGAGAGUCGUUUUGCUAAUUUUUGUCAAUGGAAAAAUAGUAAUGACAGGAGCGAAAGACCGGAAUGAUUUGACAACAGCCUUGAGUAAUAUUUAUAAUACAUUACUAAGCUUUAGGAAAAAAUAACAGCGUAAAUUAACUCUCAUUAACCGGCACAAAGUAUUCGUGAAAUUAUUUAUUAGCAUUUGCUUUAAUUAUGCUCAUAAAUUUAUAAUUAAUUUUUAUUUUAUGUAAAAAUUAAUUAAUUUAAUUAUCUAUAAGCCUUGUAUAGAAUUUAUUAUUUAAAACUGAAAACGAUCAAAUCUAGAAAAUGUACAUACGCAUUAAUUUAAAUUUCUAAGUGCACUGAUCGUAAAUGUAAAAAAAAAAAUUAUAUUUCUCUUUAAAUGAGAUUAUUUAUUAUUAAUUUAAAAAAAAUAAUGUGAAUUUAUACCAGUAAUUAAGUUGCUCAUUUAAAUAAUUUUCAAUUAUAAUUUAAUUUUCUCAAGUACCAGGUACUGAAAUAAAAGCCCGCAUUUUUUUAGCAUCCAAUAUAUUUUUAAUUAUAUUUAAAUAAAUAGCACCAUUUAUUAAUACAUUUUACUUCCAUUUAAUAAAUAUAUUUCUUUCUGCAAUUAUAAUUGCACUGUAAAAAAUUGGGAAUGACUUCAGAUUGAUUACGAAGUUUAUUUAAAUUUGCAUUUCACAUACUCGGAGUUUGAUAUAAAAAUAAACUCCCCGGAGUGAAUUUUACUCCUAAACCAUUAAAUAAAUAUACAGUUUCCGGUUCAUAUUCACUCCGAAUUUAAUUCGCAAUCACUCCAGAAUUUUUUUACAGUGUGUAAUAAUUAAUUAUAAUAUUUCAUCAUUAUUGUUACAAUAUUUGAGUACAUACUGAAUUUUUGGUAAAAUCUGUAAAUUUUCAACGGUAAAAAUAAAAUAUUAUUUGUAACAUAUAUAUUUUUAUCUCUUAUUAUUA